AUGCUCCAGGACACAUGUACUCCAUGGCCCUUUCAUAGUUGGGGGCUAGACAUCAUCGGACGAAGCAACCCUAAAUCAUCUAAACAACACGAAUACAUCAUCACUGCCACGGAAUAUUUCACAAAAUGGGUUGAGGCUAUACCGCUAAAGGGAGCCACCGGAGAAGUGAUCUCGACUUUCAUCAAAGAACACAUAAUAUGUUGUUUCGGAAUUCCUAUGUACAUCAUUUCCGACAAUGGUACACCCUUUGUCAAUAACGAUGUAACAAAGCUCCUGGGAGCCUUCCGAAUUAAGCAAAAGGUAUCAACCCCCUAUUACCCACAGGGGAAUGGGAAAGCGGAAUCUACUAAUAAAUCCUUGCUCAGAAUCUUAAGCAGAAGCCUCUACGAAAACAAAAGAGCAUGGCAUGAAGAAUUCCCACUUUCCCUAAUGGCAUACCGAAUUUCCAAGCGAACAUCCACAGGGUCUUCACCAUACAUUUUGGUAUACGUAGAAGAUGUUAUCAUACCUGCUGAGGUGAUUAUAGCCUCGGCACGAAUCCUAUCAGCAAGUGGGGUCGACCUCGACAGUCAGCGCUUUCGUUCCCUUGACAUGAUUGACGAACGGCGGGAUAUUUCUGAAUACAAGAACAAGCAAUAUCGUGAGCGACAAGCAAGAUUCUACAACCAACAUGUCAAAGAAAGACACUUCGAAAAGGGGAAACUUGUACUUGUCGUAGCCCUACAUGUCCAAAGAGAAGGCAGUGCCGGCAAAUUUGCCCCAAACUGGGAAGGACCAUUCCGCAUAUGCAAAGUCGGGGGAUCUGGAUACUACAAACUCGAACAUGCCGAUGACACCAAGAUUAAAGGCAAACGCAACUCCAAAAUCAAUGGGACCUGGUUAAUAAAGUUCUAUGCAUAA